AUGCCGAUCACACGUGUUCACGCCCGUCCUAUUUAUGAUUCACGUGGUAAUCCAACCGUCGAAGUUGAUUUGACCACCGACAAAGGUAUUUUCCGUGCGGCUGUACCAAGUGGUGCUUCAACUGGUGUACAUGAAGCACUUGAACUUCGGGACAAUGAUAAAGCUGUGAAUCAUGGCAAAGGUGUUUUGAAAGCUGUAAGAAAUGUCAACGAACAUAUUGGACCUGCUCUAGUUGCUAAGAAUUUUUGUCCAACUCAACAACGUGAAAUCGACCAUUUUAUGCUGGAACUCGAUGGAACCGAAAAUAAAGCAAAACUGGGUGCCAAUGCAAUUUUGGGUGUUUCAUUGGCGGUUUGCAAGGCUGGUGCAGUGCAUAAAGGUAUGCCGUUGUAUAAGUAUAUAGCAGAAUUGGCUGGUACCAAACAGAUUGUUCUGCCAGUUCCUGCUAUGAAUGUUAUCAACGGUGGUUCUCAUGCUGGUAAUAAACUGGCAAUGCAGGAAUUUAUGAUCAUGCCUAUUGGAGCUAGUUCAUUCAGUGAAGCAAUGCGCAUGGGUUCUGAAAUUUACCAUUACUUGAAGGCAGAAAUCAAAAAACGAUACGGUCUCGAUGCAACAGCAGUGGGUGAUGAAGGUGGUUUCGCUCCUAAUAUUCAGGAUAACAGGGAAGGUCUUGAUUUGUUGAAUACAGCAAUUGCAACAGCUGGAUACACGGGAAAAGUAGCAAUUGCUAUGGAUUGUGCCGCAUCAGAAUAUUAUAUGGAAUCAGCUAAGCUGUACGAUUUAGACUUCAAAAAUCCAACCUCGGAUAAAGCCCAGUGGAAAACUGGUGAUCAAAUGAUGGAAAUCUAUCAAUCCUUCAUUAAGGAAUAUCCAGUUGUAUCGAUUGAGGAUUGGUUUGACCAGGAUGACUGGGAAAAUUGGACCAAAGCAUUGGCUAAUACGCAUAUUCAAAUUGUUGGCGAUGACUUAACUGUUACGAAUCCUAAGAGAAUUGCUAUGGCUGCUGAGAAGAAAGCUUGCAACUGCCUGUUACUCAAGGUUAAUCAAAUUGGCUCAGUGACUGAAUCAAUUGAUGCGGCUAACUUAGCACGUAAAAAUGGAUGGGGUGUAAUGGUAUCGCAUCGUUCAGGUGAAACGGAAGAUACAUUUAUCGCUGAUCUCGUCGUUGGACUUGCUACCGGACAGAUCAAAACUGGAGCACCAUGUCGUUCGGAGCGUCUCGCCAAAUACAAUCAGAUACUUCGUAUUGAAGAAGAACUUGGAUCAGCUGCCAUUUACGCUGGUCAAAAGUUCCGAAAUCCUCAAGCAUAG